AUGAGCGGACGGGCCCGCACAAGGGCGAGGGGCAUGUUGCGUGGCUCCAGGGCCUUGGAAGUGAGGGGCUCCCCCGGCUACCUCGCGGCCACAUCUGUGGAUCUUGGGAACAGUGAGGUGUCUCUCAGCAGCAGGACAGACAGUGUUUGGCAGCCGUCAGAUGAGCAUGAUGCUGCUUCUGGUGACGGGGAACAUACCUUGAUGGAGAGAAGAGUGAGAAUCAGACAGGACUUGAUGGAUUUGGGCAUCUGUACCAGAGAGAGACUGGCACAUGUGAAAGAUUGUAAAACAGGAUCCAGUGGGCUACCUGUGAAGCUGGUUACAAAUCUCUUUAGUUUAGAUUUGCCCCAGGACUGGCAGCUGUACCAGUACCAUGUGGUGUACAGUCCAGAUUUACCCUCUAAAAGGCUGAGGACUGCUUUGCUUUACGGUCACAGUGAACUUUCUGACAGGACAAAAGCAUUUGAUGGUGCCAUCCUGUUCCUCUCACAGAAGCUGGACCAAAAGGUCACAGAACUGACAAGUGAAACUCAGAGAGGCGAGACUGUAAGGAUGACCGUCACUCUCACGAACAAGCUGGUAUCGAGCUCCCCGGUGUGCAUUCAGUUCUUCAAUAUCAUCUUCAAGAAGAUCUUAAAAAAGCUGUCUAUGUACCAAAUUGGACGGAACUUCUACAAGCCCUCAGAGCCAGUGGAAAUCCCACAGUACAAAUUGUCCGUGUGGCCUGGGUUUGCCGUUUCUGUAUCUCACUUUGAAAGCAAACUCCUGUUCGGUGCUGACGUGAGUUACAAAGUUCUGCGCAAUGAGACGGUUCUGGAAUUCAUGACAGAUCUCUGUGUCAGAACAGACACGUCCUGCUUCCCCCAGACAUGCGAGACACAGUUGGUGGGGCUCAUCGUCCUUACCAGAUACAACAACAAAACCUACCGUAUUGAUGACAUUGACUGGUCUGUGAAGCCCACACACACCUUUCAGAAGCGGGACGGCUCUGAGAUCACCUACACUGACUACUACAAGCAGCAAUACGAUAUCACUUUAUCUGACCUAAAUCAGCCAGUGCUUGUUAGUCUGCUGAAAAGAAAGAGAAAUGCCAGCAUGGAGCCGCAGGCGGUCCACCUGAUCCCAGAGCUCUGCUUUCUCACAGGUCUGACCAGCCAGGCGACCUCAGAUUUCCACCUUAUGAAGGCGGUAGCUGAGGAAACACGGCUCAGUCCUCUGGGCAGGCAGCAGCGCCUGGCCAGGCUUGCCGAUGACAUCCAGAGGAACCAGGUGGCUAGGUUCGAGCUGGAGACCUGGGGAUUGCAUUUUGGAAGCCAGAUGUCCCUGACGGGCCGGGUUGUUCCUUCAGAAAAAUUAAUAAUGCAGGACCACAUAUGUCAACCUGCAUCUGCUGCCGACUGGUCCAAGGAUAUAAGAGCCUGCAAGGUUCUAAGUUCUCAGUCUUUGACUACAUGGUUGAUUUUAUGCAGUAGCAGAGCUGAAAAUAGGAUUGAAGGCUUUCUGAGCUGUUUGAGAAGAGUUGGAAGCACCAUGGGAUUUAACGUGGGCUACCCCAAAAUCAUAAAAGUACAAGAAAACCCAGCCUCGUUUCUUAGAGCCAUCCAGCAGCACGUUGACCCUGAUGUUCAGUUGGUGAUGUGCAUUCUGCCUUCUAAUCAGAAGAAUUACUACGACUCCAUUAAAAAGUACUUGAAUUUGGACUGCCCGGUCCCGAGCCAGUGUGUGCUGACCCGGACCUUGAACAAGCAGGGGAUGAUGAUGAGUGUAGCCACCAAGAUCGCCAUGCAGAUGACCUGCAAACUGGGCGGCGAGCUGUGGACUGUGGAGAUCCCUUUAAAAUCCCUGAUGGUGGUGGGGAUCAGUAUCUGUAAAGAUGCCCUCAGCAAGGACACAUUAGUGGUUGGAUUUGUGGCCAGUGUCAACCCCAGGAUAACCAGGUGGUUUUCUCGCUGCAUCCUUCAGAGAACGACAGCUGAAGUUGCAGAUUGCCUAAAAGUCUUCUUGACUGGUGCCCUCAACAAAUGGUACAAGCUCAACCAUGACUUGCCAGCGAGGAUAAUCGUGUACCGUGAUGGCGUUGGGGAUGGUCAGCUAAAAGCAGUUGUUGACUAUGAAGUCCCUCAGCUGCUGAGCAGCGUGGCAGAGUCCAGCUCAGAUUCCAGCAGCUGCAGGCUGUCGGUGGUUGUGGUCAGGAAGAGAUGCACACCACGCUUCUUCGUUGAGACAAGCAAGACUGUGCAGAACCCCCCGCUGGGCACCGUGGUGGAUUCAGAAGCCACGCGGCCUGCUUGGUAUGACUUCUACCUGAUCAGCCAGACGACUAGCCAGGGAACCGUUAGUCCCACUUACUACAAUGUCAUCUAUGAUGACAACGUCUUGAAGCCUGACCACAUGCAGAGACUGACGUUCAAACUGUGCCAUCUCUACUACAACUGGCAGGGCUUAAUCAGCAUCCCAGCGCCAUGCCAGUACGCACACAAGCUGACCUUCCUGGUAGCACAGAGCAUCCACAAGGAGCCAAGUUUGGAGUUAGCCAACCACCUCUUCUACCUGUGA